AACUAAUCCAUGCACAACGCCAGCUAUUGGACACUUAGCCAAUAAACACAGUUGAUACAAUUAGAGUGCCGCUGUCGCAGCUAUUAUUCUGCUAUACAUACCAAAAAAGCCAUUUAUAUACCCACCCCCAGAAGGUUGAAAGCACUACAUCCCACCAUGAGCGGGGGGUGGAAUACAAUUGAAUCCGAUGCUGGUGUCUUCACCUCGCUGAUCGAGAACCUGGGCGUCAAAGAUGUCCAGUUUGAAGAGCUCCUCACUCUCGACCAUUCCGAAUUAGCAGCUCUUCAACCUGUCUACGGCGUCAUUUUCCUCUUUAAAUACCCAACCGAUAAACCUUAUGCGACACCCAACGGCCCGGUAGACGGCGACUUCGACGCGGAAGCCGCUGAACACAUCUUUUUCGCAGCGCAGACCAUCCAGAAUGCAUGCGCCACGCAAGCUCUGCUCAGCGUGCUCAUGAACAAGACCGAAACAGUCAAUAUCGGAGAAAAGAUGAAAGACUUUAGAGAAUUCACCAUGGUCUUGCCUCCUGAAUUCCGCGGCGAAGCGCUCUCCAACUCUGAUCUGAUCCGCGAAGUACACAACAGCUUUGCGCGAAGCAGCCCGUUUGCCGAUGAGACACAGCGCCCUGAUGCCGAGACCGAAGAUGCUUUCCAUUUUAUUGCCUAUACACCUAUUAACGGUACACUAUACGAGCUGGAUGGGCUGCAGCCAUCGCCUAUCGCUCAUGGGCCUUGCAAUGACGACAACUUUCCGAAAAAGGUGGUACAGGUGCUGCAGAAGCGUGUGGCGCGGUACGAGGACUCCGAAAUCCGAUUUAAUCUACUAGCCAUGUGCAGAGACUUGCGUGUCCGUGCAAAGGAGUUCGGCGACGAUGAUCUGCUAGAGCGCGAGGAACGAAAACGCAAGGAGUGGCACUUUGAGAAUGCGCUGCGAAGGCAUAACUUUGUGGGAUUUGCGGGAGAAGUGCUCAAGGGUGUGGCUACGGCAAAGUUGAAAGAGGGUGGCGAUGAGGCUGUUAAGAAAUGGGUGGAUGAAAGUCUACAGAGAAGGAUUGCUGCGGCGCGGAAGAGAGGAGAUGAAGACGUCGAGAUGGAUUAAUGAGGAUUGGCAAGUGUAAGGGGACUAUCCUCCAGACACCAGCCUCUUGACACUAAAGCUAAAUACAUAUUAUAAUUCCUAAAAACAAAAUCAUUCCAUAAGCAAAAGACCAUUCAAAC